AUGUCAACUUUACUUAUUUUUUCAAAAAAUACCAAGAAUAUUAAUUCUCUGAUAAUAAAAAAUUUCAUAGAGAAUUUGAAGUAUUCUCCUAAAACUUCAACUUUUAAUCGUAAUUUUUUCGGUACACCAAAAUGUUCAGGAGUCAAACUUCCAAAUAAGCCUUUAAAUCCAAAUAUAAACAUUCCUGUUGAUAGUUAUUUAUUAGCAAAAAAAAUCAAAAAUAUGAAUGACAAAGGAAGAUUAGAUGAAGCAAUAACAUUGGUAACUUUGGCAAAGAAAGCAGCACAAUCAGAAGUUGUAUGGAAUCAUUUGAUAGAUUUUAGUGUACAAAAUAAAAGAUUAAAAUUAGCAUUUAAAUUAUAUAAUGAGAUGAAACGUCGUGGUUUGCAUCCAAAUGAUAUGACCUUUACCAUCCUUCUGAAUGGAUUAGCAGAAAAUGGAACAUUUAAAGAUAAUCCAGUUCAAUUAAAUGUUAUUCAUGUGAAUUGUUUUUUAAAAGUAUGUGCACUUUCCAAUAAUUAUGAAGCAAUCAAAAUUCACUUUGAUGAAAUAAUGAAAAUUCAAUCCGUACAUCCAAAUCAUGAAACGUUCACCAUCAUAUUAAAUUCAUGUGCAAAACAAGGAAAAAAUGGGUAUGAGACGGCAUUACGAGUAUGGAAUCAUAUUUGUAAUCAGAUCGAGAAACAACACCAGCCACAGCAUCGUGAGUAUGACGUUAGUUGGGGUCCAACUUCUAAACAACAAUUAGACAAAAAAGGGUUGAUAUUGGAUGAUGAAUUAGUAAGGUCCAUGAUGUUAGUGUGUAAAAACUCUGACCAGUAUCAAAAAGGAUUUGAUAUACUUGGCGAUGUUUAUGGAUUAGGUGUUUCUUUCAUUGAAAAAUCGUCACGUAAUAAUGCUAGCAAUGCAUCAUCAUUGUCAAGGUAUCGUCUUGAAAUGAGCCGCAAAGCAUUUGAUGUUAUGCUUGGAUUAUGUCUAAAAUCCGAAGAGUAUAAGAAAGGAAUCCAACUAUUUGAUGAGGCAAUGUUUAUGUUUCCAAAAUUGCAGCCAGACAUUUACAAUUUUCACAAGUUGAUUUAUUUCUAUAAUGAAACAAAAAAAUACGAGGAAGCAAUUAAUGUUUACAAUACAAUUCGCAAAAGAAAUCUACGGCCAAUAAUCGAAACUUUUGAUUUAUUAUUGAAUGCAUGUAAUCGGGCAAAUGAUUGGCAUAGCGGUAAAAAAUUGUUUAAUGAAAUGAUCGAGUUGGGAAGAAUGAAUAAUCAUAGUAGAUUAAAAAUUGAUCCACACGUGUUGAGUCUGAUGUUAGAAUUGACAAUUAAAAGAUAUAAGCGUAGUGGUGGUGAUGAUUUACGUGAUUUGAUUUGGUUGUUGACUAUAUUUGAUAAUAUAAAUGUUCGGAACCUUGUUAAUAGUCAAGAUAAAUUAAUAGAAAUGAACAAUAAAAGAUUCCUAAGAACUAUCACUGAAGCAUAUCAUAUAGCACUUAAUGAUAAAUCUGGUGGAGUGCCACCCGGGAAAAAAGAAAUUUGGACUCUUUAUUUUAAGUCUUAUAAUAAUAAAGUAAAUGGAUUAGAAAAUACUCAUUAA